UCCUCCCACCUUUCUCCAUCAGUGUACACAAGUGGAGGAGGUGGCCUCAAUUCAGGCGUCCAGGCUGGAGAUGGCAAAAGGAAGUUUGUGGCCUAUGACACGCAGCUGGGGAGAUCUCCUGGCAUGACGACCUGCUCCUCCUGCCAGCAGCAGGUCAUGACCAACGUUACCUACAAAGCAGGAACCUAUGCCUGGCUGAUGUGCUUGCUCUUCAUCUGCUGCGGGUUAGUCCUGUGCUGCUGCCUGAUUCCAUUCUUCAUGAAAAACUUCAAGGACGCGUACCACACCUGCCCCCGCUGCAACAGAGUCUUGCACGUUGAGAAGAAAAAAUGCUGUAAAUGAUGACCCUCUGGGCGGAAAUGGACCCAUAGAAAUGAGAAGUAACAUCCUGUCACGUUUUUCUGUCGUUGUGUUACCUGGUAAACAGCAAGCAGUUGCACCAUUUUUUGAAAAUGACAGAGAAAGGUCACAGCUCAGUUGUAGCUUAUUUCUAUGGAUGAGCCAUUGUGUGAGUCUAGGCAAAAUCAAACAUGAUUGACUUCCAUCUUACAACACAUUAUUGUUAGCGACCAGACUAGGAGUGAAGUUAAAUCAAGCACAACCCACGCACUUUUUGGGAGCCAUCACACUUUUGUCCUGUUGCAGCAGAAAAGGUUUUGCCCAUCAUCCCACCCAAAAACCUCUGCAAACAUAAUGUUCAAAUGAAGGCUUGUACAUAGACUUUUUGUUUUAAGAGACUGUGCAUUUGAUAUUUAAGCAGACCAUCUGAAAAUGUUUGAAUCCAUAACAAUGCUGUAAAACAGGCCGAUACAUAACGCUAAUCAAUUGUAUUUACUCAUCUUUGCACAGUUAUUGGAGAGCAGGUUUGCGUUGGCGCUGUUUUAUGCAAGUUUUUAAUCAGACAUUAAACACUCCAGAAUCAAAUGAGACCAGUGUGUCCUGUUUAUAUGUGUUAGCCAUAAAAUUACUUUGAUAGUUAAGGGAUGAAGGGAAAUAUAAGAGAAUAAGAAGUUUUAAAAAAGCUUAUAUAAUAUAUAACAGAAGCUGGCUGUAAAUAUACCACAGAUAUUUUGUUUAGAUCCUUUGAAUGUUUACCUGCUUACCAAGAGUUGUCACAUGAACUCAUUACAACACAUGGACAAUGCAAAAUGAAAGCAACACUACACCAUGAUGUGAUGUGUUCAAUGACAAGUGCUGCUAGAGCCACUGAUCAAUAAACAAAUGUGUCAAAUUGUUUGAAUAUUUCAAAUCCUUUUUUGACCACGUCUGCACUGAAAGAUCAUCUAGAAGUAUCCUGUUGUAUGCCCAUCGUAGAGAACUAUAUUUUUGUCUGAUUGUGCUUUUGUUUCAGCUUGGUGAUAAAUAUCUGUGUGCUUCAUAAUACAAUAACAGGGUCAGAGAGACAGCAGGCACCGUGUUGUUGUAGGGGAGCACCUCCUCUCUCAUUGUCCCCUGGGUGAAAGAAUAUGUUUGGACUUCUGUUAUUUACUAUUAUCAAUUUUAUAACAUUGUUUCUCUAAUUAAACAA